AUGCCUGCAACACCAACGUCACCCGUAGCUAACAGCAACAGCCCUGCCAAAACGCCGCUAUCCGUGCAGCGUCCAGAGUUGUCUCCGCGCAAGCGCAAGUUCAGUAUCACUGAGGUUGCAUCACCCACGUCGUUGGACGAGGUGAGCAGCACGAGCAGCUCGGCGGUCGAAGAGCAUGUGAUCUCGCCCAAGAAGAAGGUCAAGGCUGAAGAACGCGGCAGUGGCAGUGAUCUGACCAAGUGGGAGAACAAUGUAGUGGCCAGUAUUGCCAGCGCGCUCGACAUGGACUGUCUGGAAGCAGUCGAACCCAUCUCGUUCUUGGCGACGCCAGCGGAUGACCUCACUGUCGAUGAGUUGGAGAUCCUGUACCGCUUUCUGGCAUGA